GCCAGGGAUUGGCCACAGUUUUGUGGAACUUUCCACAGCGUUGCAAUGUGGAUUUUAUUUUGCAUGCGCAGUGUGACCGCGUUCUGUUUGCUCGCACUGCUGGCGCGUGCAACUGGCGUCCAUGGUGAGGAUAACAGCACAGCAGAGGGACUCGACCGAGAGCUAUCGGAUAUGGUGUUGACCACAGCGUUGGGUAAAAUACGUGGCACACUGUUGCCCUCGCAAGCCGGUCGGAAUUUCUAUGCAUUCCGUGGCAUACCAUACGCCAAGCCGCCCGUGGGUGCAUUGCGCUUCAAACCACCCGAACCGGUGGAUCAGUGGUUUGACAUCUUCGAUGCGACUUUCGACGGACCGCGUUGUCCACAGCCUGGACUUUACAGCGACGAUGUGGCGGAGGAUUGUCUGCGUGUCAACAUCUACACACGUGAUUUGCCCACCGAAAAAGAACCGAAUGUGAAGAAGCCGGUUAUUGUAUUUAUACAUCCGGGCGGUUUUUAUGCGCUCUCUGGUCAAAGCAAAAACUUCGCCGGACCACAAUAUUUCAUGGAUCGUAAUAUUUUAUUAGUUACAUUCAACUAUCGACUGGGUUCGUUGGGCUUCAUGAGCACCGGCACUGAAGAGGCCUUAGGCAAUAUGGGGCUAAAGGAUCAGGUGAUGCUGUUGCGUUGGGUUAAAUUACAUAUAUCACGUUUCGGUGGUGAUUCCAACUCUGUGACCUUACUGGGCUAUGGUGCUGGCGCUAUGAGUAUUACACUGCAUAUGGUUUCGCCAAUGUCGAAGAAUCUUUUUCACAAAGCAAUCGUUAUGAGUGGUUCGGUCACGGGACAAUGGCCUUUACCGACCGAACAAGUGAACUUGGCUGUGCGUCAAGCGACUUUGCUGCAUUGUACUACUGAGAAUUUAACGGAUAUGAUGAGCUGCUUGAAUUCGAAACAUUAUCUGGAGUAUGCCAACACCUUGCCGCACAUGUUCGAAUUCGGACGCAACAAUCCGUUGAUAUUAUGGAAACCUGUUAUCGAACCGGAUUAUGGACAGGAACGAUUUCUUACAGAGGAUCCCGUAAGAUCCUAUCAGAAUGGCAAUUUCAUGAAAAUACCCAUCAUAACGGGCAUGACAAAGGAUGAAUUUGCUGGACAGGCAAUAUCAAUACUUGAGAGCCCGCGCCUCUUGAAGACGCUAGCGCACAAUUUCGAACAAAUUGCACCGAUAUGUUUUCUAUAUACCACGGUGGGGCCACGUUCGCAAAAUAUCAGCAUGGAAUUGAAGAAUGCUUAUUUUGGCAGAGAGUCCUUGGAGUAUGCCGGUACAUUACAACCAAUGGUGGAGCUUUUCUCUGAUGCCUUAACGGGUUUUGGUGUGCAUCGCUUUGUACAUUUGGCGGCGCGUUCGACCAAAGUCUACUACUAUCGCUUCAGUUUUCAGGGACAACGCAGUCAUAUUUACUACCCAACUAACAAACCGUAUGGUGUUGUGCAUCACGAUGAUCUGAUGUAUUUAUUUGUGGAGCCAUCUGUUAGCCGCAUGUUCACCGAAGACGAUCGGGAAUACCAGAUCGUCGACAAGUUAACGAGAAUGUUCACAGCAUUCGCUUAUAAAGGCGAUCCCAACAAGCAAAGUGACGACAAGUUGCGCGAUAUACGUUGGCGCGCUUUCAGCUUCAAGCGUCAGCACUAUCUGGAUAUAGGUGAUGAAAUUGUGUUACGCGAAGGUCUGAAUACGCGUCGCUAUGAAGUGUGGAAGCGUCUAUUUCCAUUGAACUGGAAGCGCCAGAGCAAACAUGAUCUAUUGGAUUAUGAAUAAUGGGUUUCUUAUUACUGAAAUGGAGUUAAAAUUACACUGACUCUGUAAUAAAUUUAAUUUGAAUGUACAUAAA